AUGACUACUGCUACAAACGAUCCAACACCUUUUAUGCCAGAUGUAUCCACGCAAGGGGAAUACCUUCUCGAAAACGGCGCGUUAUCGGUUGCCACGGCACUACCGCCACAACCACCCUUGUCAUCUUUACCCCAGCCAUCUCAGUUACCCGUUGCUGCUGCUGCUGAAGGGGAUGACACGGCUGAAAAUCAAGACAAGCAAGUGCCAACGCCACCACCGGAACAAUCACAAGCCAAUCAACAACAACAACUUUCUCCCUCUGUGGAAAGAAAACGAAAAUCUGUUUCAUCCGCUGGUCUAGAAUCUCAUAGGGUUGCCUGGAGCGAAGAAGAGGACAAGCGUCUUCUCAUGGGCAUUGAGAAGUGCAGCUAUGGAAGAUGGAAGCAAAUUGCCGAGAUUGUAAAAACGCGUAACGCCCUUCAGUGCAAGAAUCGUGCACGUCACCGAUACUCCUCUAACGGGUCAACACGUGCCUACAAUGGACGACAAGGCCAAGAACAACCGACAACAACGACAACUACUGCUACAUCGCCUUCUUCUUCAUCGGUGCCAGCAACUUCCCCUACCAUUCCAGCUAAAGUUGAAACAACCCAUAUCCAUAACGUUGAGGAAAGUGGACACCAACAACAACAAGAAGCUGAUUCAACUCAAGAACAAGUGGAACAACUUGUGCCACAACAACCGGAGGAGGAUGAAGUGAUGCUCGGUGAGGAUGAGAUCACUGAUGGUGAACGACUUCAUCUUGCCGAGUGGUUUCAACACAAGAACAGGAUCAAAACGCCCGAACGAUAUUUAGGAAUUCGCAACUACAUCAUCCAACAAUGGAAUGCAAACAAGCCCAACUACUUGAACAAGACCGAAGCGCGUCGAGGGCUGAUCAAUGGUGGUGAUGUCAAUGCUAUUGGCCGUAUACAUGAUUAUCUCACAGAAGCACGUGUCAUCAAUGUCAACUGUAUUCAACAAAAGGUUCGCAAGGCACCCACACGUAAACGCCAAACACAUUACUACGAGUACAUUUCAGAAGAAGAAGACGAUCUUGACAAUGACGGCGGCUACAUGCCAACAAACAAGCGUAAACACAGGCUCGAGGAGGAUUAUGAUGAUGCAAGCCAACCCAAUGGCCGAACCAGAGCUCGCCCCAAGCGUACCACCAAACCCAGAAAGCAAUUUGACAUGGAUGAUGACGAUGAUCAAUUUCGAUUGGUGUCUUUGCAUGAAUACGAAGACGGCCUUGUUCCUCAAUUUAACAUUGAAAUCAAUAAUGACGCUGUGCUUGUCAUGGAUUUCCAUGCUCAUACACGGCACACUGAGAUCAUUGGUGUCCUUGGUGGUAACUUUCGAUUCGACGACCAAGGCUUUCCUACCCUAUUUGUCGAAUGUGCUUAUCCAUGCAAAGUCAUCAGGAGCUCUGGCAUUGAGUGCGAGAUGGAUCCCGUGUCAGUUUCUCGUGCACGCGAUGAGCUGGCUGCUCAAGACCUUUCCGUGGUUGGAUGGUAUCACUCACAUCCUACCUUUGAACCCAUUCCAAGCGUUUGUGAUUUGUUUUAUCAGUUGCAGCAGCAGACAUACUGUGCCCGUUUACCCCAAGCAAAUGAUAUUGAUCCAUUCAUUGGUGCCAUUGUAAAUCCUUUUGACGCGAAAACUCACCUUGAUAUGCCUUCUCAAAUCCGAUAUUUUCACGUUCGUCGUGAAUGGGAGGAUCCUACACAAGAUGGUGGACCACAUCCAGCAUUUGCUCUGUGGCCAACAAUCAAGCAAUCAGCUCAACAAGUCGUUCCUGAAGAAAAUGUUACAAGGCAUAUCAAUCGGCUUGUGCAAGAAUUUCUAGGUGCUACGGAUACCGACAACAUCCAGGGUCGAUUGGACGAGAUUGUCAAUUCUGUCAUCAACAACACAGCCGAUAUUCUACCAAGCAGGGUGGAAUUUUUGGAAAGCAUUCGCAGGAUCCUUGGCUGA